GUUUCGUUGCCUCAUUUCGUUGAUAGCAUUAGUUUUGCAGCAGUAAUGGGGACAAGGCAGCGUGACCCUGCAGGCAGAGACGUGGGGCCUGCAGACAAGUGACGGACCGGCGAGCCACCCCAUAGCACUGCCCGCUCACUGGCCCUGGGCGGCGUGAAGUGCGCACACACACGCUCGACAUAAUUACCUGUGCCCCUGUGCACUUCUCUCGUAUAUAUUUUCGAGGAACCUUAAAAGGCUAAAGGCAACAUCAAUAACCCCGUUUUCUUAGGAUGUGUUUUUGAUGGUUCGAAGAAAGAAGACUACAAUCUUCACAGAUGCAAAGGAAACAACAACAGUAAGAGAACUCAAAAAAAUUAUACAAGGAAUAAUGAAAGUAGAACCAGAAAAUCAGCAACUCAUGAACGAACGUGGAACAGAAAUAUUUGACGAUGACAAACAGUUAAGCGACUACAAUUUGUCAGCUCAGACAGCUCGAGCCCAGAGCCCUGCUACUGUUGCCUUGGUGUUCAGGCAAGAAAAUGGAGAGUUUGAGAGUCUUGACAUUACUCCUCUCUCCUCUCCUCCCGAGCUGCCAGAGGUCAUGAAGCCUCAGGAAACCCAGGCCCAUGAAGUGAACUGAGUCUUCUGCUCCUCUUCCAAAUGCUUACCUUGCUGGCAUACUACAAAGACAAUUGCAGAUGUGGAUAACACACAUUAAAUCUCCAAGAUCAGUAUAUGUUUCAUUGAGAUUAUUGUUUCUGGUGUUCAGUUCAUGGUAUGUGUAUCUUCUUUGCCUACCUCAUAUUUACAUUGACACCAGUGAAGGGAACAUACAAUAUAUAGCUAUUAAUGGCCUCAAAUGUUAUCAUGAAUUAUGAAUAAAUUUUGAAAUGUAAUCAUAAAUUAAAGAUUGGCAUCCUUUGUUUUGUAGCAAGAUGUUUAAGUGCUGAUACCAAAUAUUUCUUUUACUUCAUGUAUACAGUCAAUGAGAUUAUUUUAUAUAAGUACAAUAUUUGCAAUCCAAAUUGUUGAAUAUACCAUUUUUCCAAAGCAUACCACCACUGCUUUACAGAAUGCAAGAUGUACUCUUUACCAUAUCAGUCUUUCCCAAUUGUCUUUAUACAUUAUUUUCUUAAUUUUCUUCUUACAUAUUAAGUUUUUCUUCUUAACCUUUAGGUAGUUGUGUAAUGUUCUGUUUUCCUUUUUGUUUUUCAAAAGCAUCACAGUUUGUAUUUUUUUGUAGCAAGUAUUUAUGAAUGAUUUAAUAAAAGCUACUGGAGACAUGUGCUAGACAUUACAUAAAUAUCUGUGUAUCUGAUUGGAAGCAUUAUUAUGGAAAGAACAAUAAGUAUGGUGUUUGUGAGAAUAUAUUUAGAGUUAAGCAAAUUUGGGGAAUGUUUCAAGUGUUAAUCUCAGCAGUGUGCCGUGUCCAUUAAACAAAUGAAUGAAUCUUUAAUUUGUUCUCAAAUCUACAGAUUUUUGAGGCUUUAAAUAGUUGAAAUUAUCAUAUGGAAAUGUUCAGAUUGUUUUGAGGUGUGAGAUAAGAUCAAGGAUAAAAAGAUUGCUGCUCAUGGAGAACUGAGUGGCAAGAUGAAACUUGAGGUGAAACUUAAUUGUUUUAAUGUCAGAAAAUUGCCAUCAAGUAACUAGAUCAGGGUGAGUAGAAAACUGAAAAAUGCAUUCUUAUUUUAAAAGUCUCAUCAGUGUUUUGUUAAAUGCUUUCCAAAUAAUUGGUUAAGCAAAACUAUAAAUGGAGUUUGGCUCCUUGCUGACUAGUAGCUAUGAUAGUCCCUUGUUUCAUCAGACUUCUUUGUCAUAGUUUUACAGCCCAUUACUCUAGUGUGUGAUGUCAUGUCUAGAAACAAAUUUUACUUGUGUGUCUGUGGUUAUUUAUUGUUAGGUGCAUUUUACAAGUUUCUUUGUAUGCAAGGAAAAUGUUGAAUACUGGGAUUAACUAGUUUUAUGGAUUACUAUUAUCAGUGAUAUAUUCAUCUCGGCUUCUUUCCAAAUUAGCUAAAGUAUAAUUUCAAGUUUAAGUUAGGGGUUCCCCCCUUCCUUUUAUCUCCCUGCACUCUUGUCAGACUUGAUUCAGUUUGUCAUACAGGCUUCCGCUUUGCUACAGGUGCUUUCCUCUUCCUUUCAAGUCCUUUUGCUGAAACAGUCCUACUGCUGUCCUGUUGCCCUAGCCUUCUUUGUACCAAAACAACUCAUUUCAUUCAGUUUUUAUCUACAUUAGUUUUCCAUUCCCCCCCACAAGUUCUUCAAAAUUCUUUGCUCUCACACGCAUCUCAAACAUUUCCACUUUUUUUUUUUUUUUUUUUUUUUUUUUUUUUUUUUUUUUUUUCAUUCAUCCCAACUCAUUAUUACCCAUUGUUCUGCUUCAUCUCUCAGUAUGUCCCUCUUUUCUCUGCCCUAAAUCUUUCCUCCCGACUGUACUUUUUUUUUUUAUCUUUGUGCCACUUUUCUACUACGCACUCUACAUUGAUGGUUCAAAGUUUCUGCAUCACAUAGUGUUUUACAGUGCUGUUCCUCAGCUUUUAUCAAAGGAAUCUCCUCCAUUUCAUGUAAACUAACAUCUAGAUUAUUGUAUAUUCUAUCCCAGACAUGAACAUGAUAUCAUGACUCUUCCUUUCACUAGAUUCAUGUUGUCCUUUCACUCUAAUCCACUUGUUACUUGUAUUCAGAAAAAAGGUUAUUUUGUGUGUGGAGAAUAUUACCUGAGUUCCCAGCAAUCUAGGCAUCAAUAGAAAUGAGACAGUUUGCACUUUCUACUGCCCAUCUUUCUGCAUCAGCUUUCCAAUGUAUUCCUGUUUCAUAGUGCUUCCCCAUUCUCCUUUGUCUUUUCCAUUAAAGUGGCAGUCACUUGGGAUGUGGAAAUCAGUGAUAAACUCCACUCCAUCAGACCUUUAAUAUUAUCAUAGUACAAUUCAGUCUAACUGUAGUUGAGGAACAGCUUUAUCCUGGACACAUGCACCUAUCUUAGAGUUAUACAAUUAUGAUCUUUCUCUCCCCAUACUCUGCUGUUGAUGUCCUGUGACACUGAGACUUUGUAUUUCAACUUUCCCAUUCCCUCCAAGUCUCUCACAUCUCUCCACAUGUGGACAACUUUCUUGAUGGCUCUUACAGCUUCACAUCAAAUCCCAUGAUCUUUUCUCCAGGCUUCAAAUUUUUUAUCUAAUAUAUUCACACCUGUAACAGCCCUAGUGCCACAUAGUCAGUUGUUGGCUUGGUGCUUGAGACCCAUACUAUUCAAUUCAAUUAAGUUAUGUAGCUAUGGUGUAUUUUAUUACGUUAUUUAUUUAUGCCUGAAUCAUACAAGCCCACUUGUGUAUAGUGCAAAUUUUGCCUGCAUAUUAGUUUUCUCCACAAAGACUUCUGCUCAACUAACCAUGCCUUUAGAAAAUUAUACUAGGAUUACUAUGUAGCCAAAAACUGGUUGGUUGAGUGUUGCUUUUUUUUUUUUUUUUAAACUAGCUUUUAAUCUUCCCAUGAUAGUUGUGUGGAAUGAAACAUGGUCAUUAAUGAUGUAUAUUUAUCUGGUACAAAAUUAAAAUACUUCAGUUUAUUAAAUGUCUGAAUAGUAAAUAGAAAACAAUCAAGUGUUAAUGUUUGGUCAGCCAUUGCAUCAAUGACUGAGAUUUUUUCCAGCAAAUGUCCAAAAACUGAAACAUUGAAGUAUUUUACUCUAUAAAUUCCAGGAUGACCAGAAACUAAAUGAACUUUGAAUCCAAGAGUAUAGGAAAAAAAAUUGUGUAGCUUCUUACAUACAAUUGAAUGACCCAGAAGUUUUGUACAGAUCAAAAACAGAACUACUUCCAGGUACUCAUCAGUCAUCAAAACCUUGGAAUAGACUGCCUUACCUUCGGGUCACACUUCGUGUUGUAUUGUGUAGAUCUGUUAACUCUGUUGUGAUGGAUGGUGUAGACUAGUAUACAUACUAUAGAAAUCUUUGUGAAAUGUUACUGUGGUAUAUUUUUUCAUGUAUCCUUCAGUCCAUUUGUUCUCAGACUAUCACAUCAGUUUCAUUAGACAAGGAUGCACUUUCUAAUUUAAAGAACAUUAAACCUGUAUAAAAUAUAAUUUGCACUUUAAUCCAACUUUGUAAAUUUUGUUACGUUUAUGAGUAAAUGUUUGAAAACUUAA